GCGCGGCGCGACCAUGGGCGCGAUACGGUGGGCUAGGCCAACGCAUCAGCAUCUGCCCACCAACUUACCUUCAGAACUAUUGUGAGUUGGACAUGGAUCUGCUUUGCUGGGGUAGUGGGGAGCUUGGCCAGACUGGACAUGGCAGACCAGGGGACAUCGGUCCUGAGGAGGCCCAUCUGAGAGACUUCACAAUGGCAAGGCUGGGCAGAGUGAAGCUACUGGCAUGUGGAUCCAGUCACUCCAUUGUGGUUACAGGCUGGGUGAUGGAGAGAGGGCAGUAAAGGACCAGCCUGUCGAGGUUAAGUUGCCGCAGGAGCAGAACAUUAAAGGGAACCACGCAGAUGUGGAUGUCGUCAACAUAGUUGGUGUGGCCUGUGGGAGCAGACACUCCUUCAUAUGGACUGAAACUGGGCAGGCCUACAGUUUUGGGAACAACUUUUACGCCCAGCUAGGCUAUGACGUCCAGAGGCGUGACUUCAAAGACCACCAGCUGGCACUGCGUUUGUUCCAGAACCUUCCAUCAUCCCUGAAAAUAUCUCAAGUGGCCUGCGGAGAGCGACACACUCUGUUUGCGCUGGAGGACGGCAGUGUGGCGGCAUGUGGGCAGAAUGAUUAUGGACAAAUUGGCAGUGGUUCUGAUGAAAAUGUGGUUGUUCCUCGCUUUGUUGAGUGUGUGGACCGUGUGUCGAAGGUCACCUGUGGGGCAAACCACAAUCUUGCACUGACAGGUGACGGCAGGUUGUUUCAGUGGGGCUGUGGACGUGCAUGUGGGAACAUAACGAGGAACAUCCUUAUCCCAGAGGAAGUGACGCCACCAAGCUCGCCAGUGAGAGACAUUGCUGGAGGAUGUUGGCAUAGCCUGCUUCUAACAGAUGGUGGGAAUGUCUUCUCCUGGGGGAUGGGGCAAGAGGGACAGCUUGGACUCGGAGAAGACUUGAUUCAUAUCUCUACUCCUUGUCUUCUCAGCUGUUCUCAGUUAACUGAGGUCACACAUAUAGAAGCAGGGGACAGCUACAGCACGGCCGUCACAGCAGAUGGAGAGCUGCUUCUCUGGGGUCAGAUCCCCUGUGUGUCCCGCGUCAGUGAUCAUUCAGGCCUUAAAAACCUCUGGACCCCACAGCCUGUUCCACUUGCAGGAGGAAAGGUGUGUGAUGUGGCCUGUGGUACCUGGCAUAUGAUGGCCCUCACCACAAGGAGCAAAGAGAAGAACAGACAAUAUCCUCGCUCAGAGACUGAAACUCGUUUCAGAGACCUUGUCAGCGAUCCCCUACCGACGGAGCACACAGAGAAAGAAAACACAGUGCAAAGAAAACAUUCUAGGGGAGAUCUGGUGAGUCGUAAACAUCAAACAGAGGACUCCAGGCAGGAUCAACACAAGCUGCUUCACGGUCUGGAGAGACCAGAGGGCUCUGAGGAGCAGAAGAGAGAAGAAGAAAGUGAGAGUGCAGAGGAAGAAGAAAGACCAAACAAAGAUGAGGGAGAUGGAGCGGAUGGACAGGAGAGGAAAUGGCCACUCAUCAAUCAAAUCCGACCAAGGGGAUGA